AAAAACCCACAUCUGACAAAAAAUAUUGGACACUGAAAAAUUUACAAGAAAAAUCCCGACUUUUAUGGAUAAACAAAAAUAGUUAAUAAAUAUUAGGAUCUAAAUUAAAAUUAGGACUAACAAUGGUCGAUAAGGACAUAUUAUCAAAAGUCGCAGAUAUACCUCUGCAGCGGCCUGGUUUUGAUGCCUUAGAGGUAUCAGCACCUGUCCUAGUACAAAUGAAUCCAAAUGGUAAAUGGGAGAACACAAAGCCUGGCAAUUUGGACGAAGAGCGAUUGAAAGCCAUUGUACAGCAUCUGGUAAAGUCGAAAGCUUUAUCGGCUGCUCAAAGUUACUGCUGCCAAUGUGCUUCCGAAGGAUUGAAAGGCAACGACAACCCUAAUUAUAUUCCAGUAAUUAUGAUGCCUAUAUAUUCUGCGGAUGACUGCCCUUUUGAUUUAGAUUGUGAGGCAAAAAAAAUUAAAGAAGCGGAAACGAAACCAACAAAAAAAGAAAAAGUACAGAGCUUGGAAAAAGACUCAGACAAGGAUAAGGAUAAGAAAAAAAGCAAGAAACGUGGCUUUGUCCUACAAAGGCUAACCGAUUUUGAUUUACUUUCCCAAUGGUGAUUAAAAAUAGUAUUGUAACGUUGUGAUAUGUGGUGGUUUGUGAAUCAAAUAAAAUGUUGAGAAUUGG